AUGGUCAUGCCAUUUAGUCUCAAGAAUGUUGGUGCUACCUACAUGAGGGCUAUGACGACCCUCUUUUAUGACAUGAUCCACAAGGAGAUUGAGGUAUAUAUGGAUGACAUCAUCAUCAAGUCUCGAAAGAGUGCAGAUCAUUUGAAAGACUUAAGGAAGUUCUUUGAGCGGUUGCGAAGGUACAGUUUGAAGUUGAAUCCUGCGAAGUGUGCAUUCGGAGUUCUCGCAGGAAAACUGUUAGGUUUCAUAAUUAGCAAACAGGGGAUAGAUAUGGACCCCUCAAUGAUCAAGGCCAUUCAAGACUUGCCUCCACCCAAUAUCAAUAAGUAUGUGAUAAUCUUUCUUGGAAGAUUGAAUUACAUAGCCCAUUCAGCAGUAAUCUGUGAGCCAAUUUUUAAGUUGUUGAAGAAAGAUGUCGCUACCAAGGGGACAGAGGAAUGUCAGAAAGCUUUCGACAGAAUCAAGGAGUAUUUGUCGAGUCCACCAGUGUUAGUUCCUCCUGAACCUGGGAAGCCGCUACUACUAUACUUGUUCGUUUUAGAUAAUGAAUUUGGAUGCAUGUUGGGACAACACAAUGAGACUACAAAGAAAGAACAAGCUAUCUAUUACCUGAGCAAAAAGUUCACACCAUACGAAGCUAGAUAUACCUUGUUAGAGCGGACCUGCUUUGCUUUGAUCUGGAUCACUCAGAAGUUAAGGCACUACCUAUCGAAAGCUAUCAAAGGACAAUCAUUGGCUGAUCAUUUUGCAGAGAACCCGGUGGACAAGGAUUACAAGCCACUUACCAUAUAUUUCCCAGAUGAAGAACACCCAGACAAGAAUUACAUCGACCUCAUCGAGAUAGAGGUUCGAGAUCAGCAUGCAUAUUGUUUCCAUGUAGAUGAAGAGCCAGAUGGUAAGACUUGGUACCGUGAUAUCAAAAGGUUCCUCGAAGCAAGAUACUACCCAGAAAGUGCAAGCAAGGGUCAGAAGCAAGCAUUAAGAAGAUUAGCAAAUCACGUUUUCCUUAACAGGGAAGUCCUGUAUAGGAGAACCCCAGACUUGGGUCUAUUAAUGUGUGUGGAUAUUGCUGAAGCAACAAGAAUAUUGGAAGAAAUACAUGCAAGAACGUGCGGGUCUCACAUGAAUGGUUUCACCCUAGCCAAUAAGAUCUUGACAACCGAAUACUUUUGGAUGACCAUGGAAAGUGAUAGUAUCCGUUAUGGCAUGGAUAUGAUUGGACCUAUAGAAUCUUCCACAUCGAAUGGGCUUCGUUUCAUCUUAGUAGCCAUCGACUACUUCACCAAAUGGGUCAAAGCCUCUACAUACAAGGUUGUCACAAAGAAGGUGGUGGCAGAUUUCGUCCGUAACAACAUAGUAUGCCGAUUUGGGAUUCUAUGGUCAAUCAUAACUGGCAAUGCGUCCAACCUCAAUAGCGAUCUCAUGAUGGAUAUUUGUGAGAAGUUAAUAAUCAUUCAAUGUAACUCCAUCUCCUACAGGCCAUAA